CAACACGCUUCAACAAGACUGAACACCCCCACGUAAAUACCGACUAACGACCGAUCAAUGCAUACUCUUCGAUGCCAUCAUGAAGGCUGCGAGGUAUUCUACUUCGCGCCAAAAGGCUUGCAAUAGCUGCUCAACUGCGAAGGCGAAGUGCGAUCGCAAAGUAGGAUGUUGCACUCGAUGCGCCUCUCGAGGCCUAUCAUGCUCUUACCCUCACCUUCUGCUGCCCACCGCCUCUACAGAUAGCACGGGCGGAAAUACUCUUUCCGCACCCGGGGACUUACUUCCAAGUCCCGAGUGCGAAAUCCCCGCUGCUGCAGAUGCUCGCAGUGCGACAACUGAAUCAACGCUAGUUAUAGGUGAUGCCAGCCCAAUUAAUUCUUCCUUCGAAACAUUCGCGGGGAACUAUCUUCCAAAGGCAAAGGAGCCAGGGCCGGAAAUCCCAAUUCUUCCACCUACGAAAUCAGACACACUUGAUUUUUCAAGCUUAGAACUCUUUAGCCCUAUCAACGUUGACGAUAUUAGCAAUCGCUGGCUACAUGCUUAUAUCCCUGUCUCCGGUCAAAAGAUUAAACAGUACCCGCCUAACAUAACAUCGUUUAUCUAUAGGAUCCUUAAGUCGUAUGUUGCUGUCGCGAUCCGCGGUCGCGGGGUUCCGCCAUUUAUACAUGCUUCGCAGGUGAUGAGCGCAUCCGCGAGUCUGCCGCUUUCAACUUGCUUGAGUCUAAUUCGCAUCUGUGAAAACCCCUUGCCGGGAAGCGAGGGAGUUGCUGCGGACGUAUUGGGACGGGAGAUGAGUAAUCUCUUUGACCAUUAUAUGGAAUACGAUAAUGUUACUCAGCUUGCAGCCUUCCAAGCUUAUUUAAUUUACUCUAUGGUCUUAUUUUUUAGGCUCAGCCAGAUAUCUAGUAUAUCCUUUCGACAAGCAAUGAUGAACCUCCAACAGCUCGCAUGCUCAAGCAGCCGAGGAGGACUUAUGUGCAUAGCGGAACAACGACAUGCUCGUCCCAAAUGGGAGGCCUGGAUUGUCGCCGAGGCAAAGCGACGAACCCUGUUUGCGAUGUAUCUCUUCGACAGCGUCCUUUCUUCUCAAGACGGCCUUCAAACGUUUCUCGGCACAGAGCUUCAAGGCUUACCCGCCCCUAUAAGCAAGCAUUUAUGGGCAUCCCAGACACGACAAGGGUGGGAAACAGCCUACAACAUAUAUCUAACAGAUUGGUUAGAGGAAGGCCUUCGUAUCGAUGAACUCUGGCCGAUGCCAGCAGAUCUGGAUGAGCCCGCCCGUCUUGAGAGGCGCAACCGAGUGGAUAUAUGGCUAGAGAGUGUUGAUGAAUUCGGAACAAUGAUCUAUACAGUAACAAGCUGUACUCAUGGCGGUUAAGCACAUAUGGUUGAAGUUUAAAAGACCGUGCGCAGGUCUUUCUCCAGUAACUUAGCCCCUAAUGUAUAGCAGUUGCCCUCUAAGUUCCAGUGGAAAGAUUGUUACCUAUUACCUACCUAGGUAGUACCUUAUCACGCACUAGGAAGAGGCAUCGC